AAACGGAAGUAAAUAUUGUCAUUCACGAUACCUACAGAAACGGAAGUAAAGAGAACAUCUUCGUUGAUUCGUCACGCGACCAUAAUAUAUCAUCAAAUUCUCAUCACAGUCUUCAAGAUCAUCACCUUUACAGCAUCACCAUAGUUGCAUCACCUUUUGAUCGAUAUCAAAGCACAC